AUGUUCCGUGCGGCUGGGAUAAAGAACUUUGGUAAAGCGGGAACCAGCUGGCACUUUGGUCGGACGAUGGACGAGCUGGUUCAUGACCUGGUGUCGGCACUGGAGGAGAGUUCAGAGCAGGCUCGUGGUGGCGGAUGCAGUGCCAGCCUUGACCUCGCCCUGCCUGCAGGAAGGCCACUCAAACGGCACGCUCGUAAGCGCUGGGGCAGGAAGCGGCGAUCGGAAAACAGCACCAGAACUGCACCGUGCCACACCCUGUCUCACACGAGCCAUGCCUCGGACUCCAGCAUGGACGAACACAGAGAAACACGCCUCUCCUCCAGCUCCAACGCUAAUGCUAACCACAGUGACUCAGACGAACAGCUUGGUGCCAAACGGGGCAAACGGCCUCAAUGGCACGAGGACCUUGUGGGCAUCGUAGAUGCCAACCGGAGUUUACGCAGGCGGCGCAAAGUAAAGCGCAUGGCCAUCGAUCCGCCGCCGGAGUUCUCUACCAAACCAGCUGGGGUCAGUGGGGAAGAAGCAGGGGUGAACAUGGAAGAGGGGAAAGUGAACGACACAGUAAACAAGGGAAGGGUGAAGAUAAGGAAGCUGGCGCUGGCACACCGGCUGGCGCUGGAUGCCACAGAUGAGGGUGUGGUCGUGGAGAGUGAGGAGGCGGGGCUAUCGGGGAAGGAGAAAAUGGACUUUGAGGAGCACAAGGGCACGGAUGAAGACAUGAGUGACAGUGAAACCAGCAGUGUGAGCAACAGUAGUGAUGGAGGUCUGUUCACCAAUGAUGAAGGAAGACAAGGUGACGAUGAACAAAGUGAUUGGUUUUAUGAAGGAGAGGUGGGCGGAGCUUGUGGGAUUGCUGGUGUGGUUCCAUGGUGGGACAGAGAUUCUAACGAGCUGGAUCUUAACGACCCUGUGUUUAAUAGCAUCCUUACCGGGGCCUUUCCACUCAUGUCCCAGGGAGCACAGCGAGGGUUUCAGGCCAGGUUGGCUCGGCAGGCGUCUCUGCAGCAGUCUCAGGGUUCCUCUCAGGUGGCGGGAUGUGCUGAGAGAUUGCCUCGAAUAUCCCACGAACCUCACGCUCACGAGCCCUGGUUUGGUCCUGGUUCAAGACGUGAUCAGUGCCACUGGGAUUCCAGAGCUGACCGAGGGCACCGGAGAAGCUGCUCGCUAAAGACUGCUAGCAGGCAGACAAGUGGUCACCUGGGCUCAUUGUGUACUGGGGAUGUCAAAAGAAGGCGGAAAGCUGCACCUUUAGGUGCUCCCUUGUCCACAGGUGUAGUAGGAGAGGGCGUACCGCCCAUCCCAGAUACAAAUGUUGGCAACCGGAUGCUUCAGAGCAUGGGCUGGUGCCCGGGCAUGGGCCUGGGCCCUGAGGGCCGGGGUAUCACUGAGCCAAUCCGGUCCACACAGAGGCCCAAGAAUGCCGGGCUUGGCUUUAACUGAGACAAAGACUCUGAGAGUGUUAGAACCAUGUUAAAGAGACCUAGAGACUCGGAGCCGCCUGUUGUAAAGGCGUUGUCUCCCAGCAGGGGGCAGCAGUAAGUCGGAGACGGCCAAUGCACUAAUGGAAAGAUGAUACUGGACUAGAAAUAUGAAUAGAACCGGCCACAAGAACCAGGAACAGGCAAAUGUUCCAGUGGAGUAUUCCUUCUGCACACCCCCACCCAGCCACAGUGUCAUAUCUGUAUGCCAACUAAGGUUCAUUGUACUGUUUUGUGUUUUUAAUCAAGUCUAUUCGCCACUUACACAGGCUGUGUUCCAAUUCGAGUAGGCUGCCAAAUCUUAGUUUUUUCUGAGUACAGACCUGCUGCGUAACUACAUGUAAACCUGUUUGCUUAAAUCAGGGGGUUUUAACCUGUUUGGACUGGUGCCCACUUUGCUCGGCUCCUUCAAACAUCUGUCAAAUUUGAAUCUUGGCUUUUUAAUGGGAUAAUAGGAAUAAACGAGCCCUUGAAAAAGCCCAGUAAUAUAACCACCAUUACACAUGUUAUGCAUGCUAAUGCAUUUCAUGAAUACAGUUUUCAAUAGACAUUUGAGUUUCUGUUCACUCAUCAUAUGAUUUGUGAUCAUGUCCGAGUCGCAGCUUGUCAUAAAUCUUUGAGCUUGUGUUUGUGUCGAAUAUAUUCAGGCUGCUUCGUUCAUUACCUGGUUGAUGUUUUUUGAGAUGGUUUCUGCAUACGUUCGGCCAUCAUGUCCUAAAACAUUCUUUUGAGAUGAGCCAGAACAUUAGGAACACCCAUUUAAUAUGCUUUCAAAACAGCUCAGAUCAGAUGGCCAGUUCCAUUUCUGCCUGCUCAUUAUAGAGGCCUUUAACAGUGGACAUGAGUUAGCAUGAGCUCACAUGAAAACAUCUCAUCACAAAGAUUAAAAUGUUCUCCAAGAUGGUCUGUUGGUCCGUACCGGACAUCAUAACUUUCAUCUCCUCUGGCAUCAAUAGCUUGUUGCUGCCUGUGAGCCAGCCUUGUUAUUUUGAGAUACUUCAAUCCAAGUUUUUGUGCUGCUCAUAUUUGCUCUUAGCCCGUAAACUAGGAGCAACUACAAUUAUCCCAAAUGACAUUUAACAGAUCUCUCACCCUCACGUGCGCCGUCCAAGCCCAUUUUGGAGGGGUGGUCCUAAUGUUUUGGCUGAUAGUCUGGAUUGUUUUUUGCCGGAAAAAUGUCUUUGCCAAGUUUUUCAUUUAAACAUUAUGGCAUGUUUUGGUCCCGAAUCGACAGGUAAAAAACACGGCUUGACACACAGAGAAAGCUGCGCUAUGAUUCUUCCAUUUAUUGGCCUGCAUGUUGGCAAAGUAUUAAUAAAAUAGAAGAUGCAUCCAAUUCAGCAGCUCUGUUCAGUGGACACCUAAACGAGACGCUUGUCUGUAAAAUGCAGUCCAGAUAUUUUUGCCGCUUGUACUAUUGGAUAUAUAGGGCAGGGUUCUCUGCAGUUUUAGUCUUCUUUAGUCUGCUAAAUGAACUGUAGACUUGGCCACUCCACUGGUUGAAACCCCCUGACUUAACUGAGCUUCGGCACGACUAAAAUUAAAUAUGAAGGCUCGCCUCAAUCAUUUCACUCCUGUACGUCUGACCAGUGUUGUAAGGCUGUGAAAGACCUGCCUUGUCAAACCAGUUUUUUUAAAUAUCUGUUAGGUUUUUAAAUGAGAAGGCAGCCAAGUGGGGCAGCCAGUGUGUGCUUGAGUGACCCUGGUUAUGCAAAAUGCUGUAGCCUUGUCAUAACUUUCGUCUUGAUGUUGGUAUCUGUAUCUGUCAGGGUUGCCAGAUUUGUGGUUCAACGGGUUUAGUCCCACAAUCUAGAGAGAUGAUGUUUUAAGAUUUAUUUCAUGGUCUUUUUGUUUUAUUUAAAUAUGGACGAUUUUUUUUUAAAUGAAGAAAUGGCUACAUCUGAAAACUGGUCUGCUCUGGAUCUGUACAGGCCAAUGAGGUGCCCAUGAGAAUUUGCUAAUUGGUAAAUCGUUUUUACUUUUGUUUGCUUUUGCCUUGGCCUGCACUGCCCAAAAUCAGCCCACAGUAGGUCCACGCAAGCCCCAUCUGAGGUCUGCCUGAUGUUGGCCAGUGGGGACAUGUUUGCUCAAAAAGCAUAUAGUCCAUAAACUUGCAUGAACUUGCAACAUUUAGGUUUUUAGCCUGAUGAUGGUUUGAUAAAUGUAGGAGGGACCCUAGAAUUUAGGACCACUGUAUUGUACACACAAGACCAAACGAAUAUAGACACCCCCUUUUGCCAACAUGCAUACAGAUAUGCAUUCUCCUUAGAUGAACUUUAGAAGUAGAAUGAAUGGGUCAUUGUGCCUGUGAUAUGAUUUUAUCAUGUAGUUCAAGCAUCUAGGAGCAACAACAGCUCAGGGAUCUGUGCAGGAGCUCACUUUGUGGAACAGGGUUCCAGUCUUUUAAUUGGAAACAUACUCCUGUUAGCAAUGGGUGUGGUUGAAACACCUGAAUUUAGUAACUAGCAGGGGUGUCCAUAUACUUUUUGACCAUAUUCUAAUUGCAGAUCAGUACUGACACAGCAGUGGGUAAUAUUAAAAUAUUUUUUCACAAUGCCUUUUUUAUGCAGAGCAUCAUGGAAAUCACAUCAUCACAACACAUGCUUUGUUCAUUAUGGAAGUUUUUUUUUCUUAUUUUUGUUUUAUUUGGCUCUGUGAUUUUACUGGUUUGUUGUUCAACCAAAGUAUCAAAAUGAAAAUAACGUCAGUGUAUUGUGAUAUUUUCGUCCUGUCCCCCACUUUUACUCUUACUCUUGGUGCAUAAAGGUCUCCAUGGAUGUUUUGAACUUGAUCAUAAUGAAAUGGGUGGAAUCUGGUUCUAAAUUCAUGUAGAGGAAGUGAUAAAGAGCUUUGAAACGGGUGUCAGAUGUUUCUUGUCUGAUAAUUAGAAGUACAGUUUAUCUAUCUGCAGUGCCCUGAAUAAGUAUUAGCCCCCUUUCUGAUUGCAUGUGUUUUUGAAGAUUUGUCACAAGAAAUAAAAUCAGAUGUUAAAACCAAACGACACACAAAGAGAAAACAAGUAAAAAUCACACAUUAUUCAAAGAACAAUAUAUCCAACAACCUUAUCACCCUUUAAAAAAAUAAAUGCUCCCUUACAAACAGAUGUCGAGUUCUCUGUGUCUAAAAAGGACCAUCCAGUCUAACCCCAGUAUAUAUGUGUGAAGAGGCAUAAACUGGAAUUUUAGAAGGACACAUGCUGCCAUCAAGGUGAUGUUUUUUUUCUUGGGAAGUCCAUGGUUAUUUCAUCAGGAUGAUGCCAGGCCUCAUUCUGCACAAUUUUAGCAAUGCGGCUUUGUAGACCGAGUACGUGUGCUUGACUGGCCUGACUGCAAUCAAUAAGAGAACAAUCAGACAAUGGUGACCCAUGGAGCAGCUGAAGUCUCGUGUCAAGCAAGUACUGACAAAAAUAAACAAGCUUCUGUCUCAACUUUUUGGACUGUGUUGCAGGCAUCAGAUUAUAAAUGUGUUUAUAUUUGCAAAAUACAAUGAAGUGAAAAAAUUGAUUGAAAAAUUGAUUGUAACAAAUCGUUUACUUUCUUUUGUCAGUUAAAUAAAUGAUCAAGAGAAUGAACAAA